CCCAUCUGAAUUUCAACCAUAACCUAUUCAUAGAGCAAAGAGGGACAGGCGGCAGGGUUUUCUACUUUUCUUCCUCGAUAUAACGCUAAAAAUUUGGGCAAGAAGCCAAAAAGGCUGAAGUUGCUUCGAUUCGAUAUUGCUCCUGAGGAUCCAAUCUGAAAUUCUGCUGACGAAAAGCAGAGAUGGGAGAGAGAAAAGUGUUGAACAAAUACUACCCGCCAGACUUCGAUCCGGCGAAGAUUCCGCGGCGGCGACAGCCGAAGAACCAACAAAUCAAGGUUCGCAUGAUGCUCCCCAUGAGCAUCCGCUGUGGCACCUGUGGAAAUUACAUCUAUAAGGGUACCAAAUUUAAUUCCCGCAAGGAGGAUGUCAUCGGAGAGACCUAUCUCGGAAUCCAAAUUUUUAGGUUCUAUUUCAAAUGUACUAAAUGCUCAGCUGAAAUAACAUUCAAGACGGAUCCACAGAAUUCUGAUUAUAUUGUUGAGUCUGGUGCAAGUAGAAAUUAUGAACCUUGGCGUGCAGAGGAUGAGGUAAUAGAUGAAGAAAAAAAGAAAAGGAAUGCUGAAGAGAUGGGAGAUGCCAUGAAAUCGCUGGAGAAUAGAACUUUGGACUCAAAGAGAGAAAUGGAUAUCCUAGCUACUUUAGACGAAAUGAAGUCUAUGAAGUCGAGACAUGCAACUGUGAGCGUAGAUGCAAUGCUUGAAGCUUUGCAACACUCAAAUGAGGCAAAGGAAAGGAAGUUGGAAGAAGAGGAUGAAGCUCUUAUAAAGGCUGUGUUCAAGGGACCACGAGAGCCUACUGUUCUACGAAGGAUUGAUGAUGAGGAUAUUGAUGAUGACAAUGAUGAUGAUUUGCCCAUGUUUUCAUCUGACAAAGGAGGAAGAUCUGCUGAUCAUUUUAAGGUUUAGUACUUAUCUUGCCCAUCUUGUUGAGUUUUGCCCUUCGUAAAUUCUAUGUUUCUCUUUUCACUCAGACUUAAGUGGGCAAAGGAGAAACUAAAUAAAUAAAUUGAGGUAAAGCAUCUCUCAGAAAAAAGUGUUGAGGAAAACAAAUUCCUGGGUCUUCCACCUACUCAGAACUUUUGGAGGAAAGAAUACUUACAAUGACAACUAACCAUUUAUCAUCUUGUUGUGAAGCAAUGUGCUCUAAAUGUGGAGGUAUCUGUGUCUCUAUUUGAAAAAGUCAAUGUCGAUCAUACUUUUUUGGUUGAACAUGCAGAAAAUGGAGCAAUGCUGAUGAUAUAAAAAUGUGCUAUAGCAACUUUUUUCUAUUUCAUGAAGUACAUAACAUGGGCCAGAAUAUGAAUGCUAUCAAGUUGUAAAUUGCAAUCUUUUUUGAUCUGCCUAUUGCUAUGUUUUUGGUAAUUUAACUAGCUAUAUUUAGUAUCUUUUGGUGAAAGAAAUCAUUAAUCUGAAGACAGAAUACAAUCAUUAAUUUCAUUACAGGAUCUGGACAACCUGUAGAUGUGGAAUUAAAUUAUCCCUGCCAAUCCAUGAUAUAUGAAUGAGGGAUUUAUAAAUAUAUCCCCCUUAUCUUAAUCUUAUUUUAGAGCUCUUUAAAACUAAAUUUCAUAAAUCUAGAAAAUUGGGACAAGAACAAGUUAGAUACAUGGUAACUAUUGCCACUUUCUUGAUGCUUGAUGGGGAUUCAGUAUCAAACCUCUGUGCACGAUGUGAAAUAUUUAAAUGAGAAUUUGAAUGUCUACUGACCAGAUAAUGUUUGUAAGCACACCU